AUGCCCGUGAUACAAGAUUUUCGGCUUAGAGCAAACAGUUGGAUUGGGACGUAUGGUGCACUAUUACUCGCCAUUGGCAAUCUGGUUCUCCUUCAACUCUGCAUCUGUGUCUAUCGCAUCUGGUUUCACCCACUAUCUAAAUACCCCGGCCCGGCAAUCCUUAAGGUUGUGAGUUUUCCCUGGAUUUACACCACCUUGAUCAAAGGUACGGGCCCGAGAUCGAUUUUGGAACUCCAUCGUAAGUGUGGAAAAAUAGUUCGACUUGGUCCCAAUCAUCUGGCUGUGGACGGCUCCAUUGGCUUUCCGCAGGUGUUCGGUAACAGGAAAGUCGAUCAUCCCAAACUCCCUGGGUUUUUUAUCGAUUUCCCUAACGCUAUUAUUGGUUCGAACCGGGAAGUUCAUCGCCGACAACGUCGCCAGCUUAACCCCGCGUUUAGUGACUUAGCUGUCAAAGAGCAAGAAUCUAUAGUCACACGCUACGUUGACUUAUUGCUGGACAAGUUGAGCGAACAAGAAGCUUUACAGAAACAUGUAAACAUUGUGGAAUGGCUCAACUUCACUACCUUCGACGUGAUUGGCGAUCUGACGUUCGGCGAAUCUUUCCACAGCUUGGAACAGAGCGGCUACCACCCAUGGGUCCUAAAUAUCGUCAACAGCGUUCGAAUUGCAUCGAUAGCUCGAUUCUUACUCUGGUACAUUCCUCCUGCGGUGCUUUCAAUUGGCCUUAAGGGCACUGGGAUCAUGAAGUUGGCGCACGAAGCCAGGUUCUAUGCUAAAGAGAAGGCUUUGGCAAGGAUAAGCUUGGGCCCUGUGCCCAAGGAUGGCCGUCGUGACUUUAUGACUUAUAUGCUGAACAAAGAACAGAAUGGCGGAGGUAUGAGCGAAACCGAGAUUGUGGCCAACUCACCGUUCCUGGUUGGGGCAGGCAGCGAAACAAUCGCAACCGCAUUGUCAAGCCUUUUCUUCCAUCUGGCUAGCAAUCCAUCAAUUUACAAGGCGGUGGCUGACGAGCUCCGGUCCAAGUUUCAUUCCAAGGAGGAUAUCACCGUUCAGAGUACCACUUCGCUGCAGCAUCUCAAUGCGUGCAUCGAGGAAACGCUGCGCAUUUAUCCCCCGGUGUGUGAGUCACCGCCGCGAAUAUCCCUAGCAGACGGAGUAGUCGACGGGAAUUACAUUCCGAAAGGGACGAUUAUAACAGUGUCCCAGUAUGCCACCUUUCGGAAUCCGGAGCAUUUUCAGGAACCUGGCUCGUUCCUGCCACAACGAUGGUUUCCACCAAGUCAUCCACUAUUUGAAGAUAGGUUCCAAAGCGACAACAAGGCAGCAUUCAAACCUUUCAGCUUUGGAGCGAGAGAUUGCAUUGGAAAGAGGCUUGCCUACGCGGAGAUGCGAGUUCUUGCCGCAAGAUUUCUCCACGUUUUUGACUUUGACAUGCUCCCUAACCAGGAGGAUUGGCUCAACAAGCAACUUGCAUUUGUGAUCUGGGACAAAGGGCCUCUUUACAUUGCCUUACAGCGAAGAAGCACUUCCUAA